AUCUCAGAAAAUUUUCACUGUGACCUGAACUCUGACCAGUUCAAAGGAUUUCUCCGUGCCCACACGCCCUCUGUUGCCCCAUCGAGUCAGGCGAGGUCUGCGGUGUUCUCCGUCACCUACCCAUCCUCAGACAUCUACCUAGUAGUCAAGAUUGAAAAAGUCCUUCAGCAGGGAGAGAUUGGAGACUGUGCGGAACCCUACAUGGUUAUCAAAGAAAGUGAUGGUGGAAAGAGUAAAGACAAGAUUGAAAAACUGAAACUUCAAGCUGAAUCUUUCUGCCAGCGUUUGGGGAAAUACCGGAUGCCCUUUGCCUGGGCUCCUAUAAGCUUAGCAAGCUUCUUCAACGUCUCCACCCUGGAGAGGGAGGUAGCCGAUGCAGAGUCCGUGGUUGGAAGAAGCUCUGUGGGUGAGCGGAGAACCUUAUCCCAAUCUAGAAGGCUUUCAGAAAGAGCCCUCUCCUUGGAGGAAAAUGGGGUCGGAUCCAACUUCAAGACCACCAGCAUGACCAUUAACAGCUUCUUCAAGCAGGAGGGAGAUCGACUCAGUGAUGAAGACUUAUUCAAGUUUUUAGCGGACUACAAAAGAUCUUCUUCCUUACAGAGAAGAGUCAAGUCCAUUCCAGGCUUGCUCAGACUGGAGAUUUCUCUGGCUCCAGAGAUAAUCAAUUGUUGUCUGACUCCUGAACUACUGCCAGUGAAACCCUUUUCUGAAAACCGGACACGUCCACACAAAGAGAUUUUGGAAUUUCCAAUCCGGGAAGUGUAUGUCCCUCAUACUGUGUACAGAAACCUUCUCUAUGUCUACCCACAGAGGCUGAACUUCACUAACAAGCUAACAUCUGCCCGGAACAUUACAAUCAAGAUCCAGUUCAUGUGUGGAGAGGAUCCGAGCAACGCUAUGCCGGUCAUCUUUGGAAAAUCCAGUGGGCCUGAAUUUCUGCAGGAAGUGUACACAGCUGUCACAUACCAUAAUAAGUCUCCAGACUUCUAUGAAGAAGUGAAAAUUAAGCUCCCUGCUAAGCUCACAGUAAAUCACCACCUCCUGUUCACCUUCUAUCAUAUCAGCUGUCAGCAGAAGCAAGGAGCCUCCAUAGAAAGUCUCCUGGGAUAUUCAUGGCUGCCAAUUCUCUUAAAUGAACGUCUUCAAACUGGAUCCUACUGUCUCCCAGUUGCCUUGGAAAAGCUGCCACCCAACUACUCCAUGCAUUCUGCAGAGGUAACCAGCAAGCUGGCCGUCAGCUGUUUCUUGUCCAGCCGUGAUCUUGGACCACCUUCCCAGAUCCACUUCCCAGUGCCUUCAACAGGACUGAGGAUAGGAUGCUCAGCAUAUGUUGGGGAACAGUCGUCUGUCAGCAUACAGUGUUUUCUGGGAACACAUGGGUCUGAUAGGAUGGGAAAAACAACUAACCAUGAAAAAACAUUCAUUUAGACAUCACCAAUUCAGAACAUUUAGUAAAUGCAGCCUG